CUAAAUUGGUUGCUAAAAGGAGCUGGAAUCCUCUGUUAGAUCUAAAAACGCGUUUUUUUCGUUAUCUUUCUUGAAACUCCAUCUUUUUUCUCGCAUUUCCGGUACCUAAAAUCACCCGUUAUUUUCGAAGAAAUUGAGUUGCUCUAAUUGCUUUGUAAAGGCCUUUUAAGUAUGGAGUUAUUUAGUUUUCUUCCAAGCAAAAAACAGAGAGUAGUAUCCAGUUAAUACUGGCUUAUGAACUUUCUUAUGUCCUUGUGGCUUGAGAAAUUCUGAUCAGAAGCCUCAGAUUGUGUUUUGAUAGUUUACAGCGAUAUUUUUAUGCUUGGUUGUCUAUGAAGACAUUUAAAUCAUGGAACUCACUUGUCAAGAAAAAGAAUGCUCUUCCAGAAGGGGGAAAAAGCGGAUCAAAAGUGAAGCCGUUUAUGGUUAUUAUGUGUUCAAUACUCUUGAUUGUAUUGUAUAAGACCACAAAUUUGCAAUAUCAACAGACAGAGAUGGAGGCAAAACUAUAUUCUAUUGACAUGGUCAAGGAAACUGGGCUGGUUUCUGGACUGUUGAAGGGUUUACCACGGGGUAUCAAACACUCUAUGUCAGAUUUGGAGCUAAGGCCUCUGUGGUCAACAAGUAGUUCAAGGUCAAAGGUUGGUGUUUUCAGCAAUCGCAACUUGUUGGCACUGCCAGUUGGUAUCAAGCAAAAGGAUAAUGUCAAUGCUAUUGUGCAAAAGUUUCUUCCAGAGAAUUUCACAGUUAUUCUAUUCCACUAUGAUGGCAAUGUGGAUGGAUGGUGGGAUCUUGAAUGGAGUGAGAGGGCCAUACACAUAGUUGCUCAGAACCAGACAAAGUGGUGGUUUGCAAAACGGUUUCUGCAUCCAACUGUUGUGUCUGUUUAUGACUACAUAUUUCUCUGGGAUGAAGAUCUGGGGGUGGAAAAUUUUGAUCCAGGAAGAUACCUAAAAAUUGUGAAAUCAGAAGGCCUGGAGAUAUCUCAGCCAGCUUUAGACCCAAAUUCAACUGAAAUACAUCACAGAAUUACUGUUCGUUCAAGAACAAAAGUUGUUCAUAGGAGAAUUUUUGAUGUCAGAGGAAAUUUGAACUGUACAAACGCUAGUGAAGGGCCACCAUGCACUGGAUUUGUGGAAGGUAUGGCGCCAGUGUUUUCAAGGUCUGCUUGGUAUUGUACUUGGCAUCUUAUACAGAAUGACCUUGUUCAUGGAUGGGGAAUGGAUAUGAAGCUUGGAUAUUGUGCGCAGGGGGAUCGCACGAAGAAUGUGGGAAUCAUUGACAGCGAGUAUGUCAUUCAUCAAGGCAUUCAAACUCUGGGAGGAAGUGGGCACCCUGAGAAGAAGACUGCAACUUUUGGAUCUACAAGUAAGGGACGCAAGACUCCAAUUUUUGACUCAAGAAUGGAGAUAAGGAGGCAAUCGACAUGGGAGCUUCAAGUGUUUAAAGAGCGGUGGAACAGAGCUGUAGAGGAGGACAAAGAGUGGGCUGAUCCAUUUCCGAGAAGUCAGAGAAUUCAGAAUAGUCAGAGAAGUGAGAACCAGAGACACAAAAAAAUAAGACGACAUAAGGACUAGGUUUUUAACUCGACUACAUACAACAAAACACACACACUGCUCUCGUCUAUACCUGUAAUUUAGCUGCGUAGUCUUCUUUAGAUCCUCAGAAAUUUAAUUCAUUAUUUUUGUUCUUUACAUCUUCUAAUUUUCCUAUAGCUCUUCUACCUCAUCCUUUUCCCUCAAAAGAGAUAGUUAUAGGUUUAGCUAUUUACACUGAAAUUUUAGUUUUGAUUUACCCUGAACCGAAAAGAAAAGCUAUUGUAGAAACUCCUUUCCUCUCAAAUUGAAUCAUGUUUUAAAACAAUCGAUCAGUUAGGUCCUUUUAGGUAAGUAGUCAGUAAAUCAAUUUACAACUCUCAGUAUAUGGUUGUCAACAUUUUUAUUAUUAAGUGACCCCAAGGAACAUUGAAGCAGGUAUGAGGAUAAGAUUGGAGUUUGGUGGAUUUGUUUUAGCAGCUUCAUUAAGAAAAUUGUUCAUUUGGUGAUUAGUGCUGAACACAAAUAAUUGAUUUAGCAAUUGAAAGAUACUUGCAAAUGUUUGUUAAAUUAUUAUCAAAAACUUAUUAUGGUUAGAGACUACGAAGAAAUCGAUCAGGAAAUUAGAAUUCCAAUUAGAAUUUAGUCUCAACGAUAUGUCUGAAAAAAAUAAGCCAAUAAUUCCUCCAAAAAUAAAACUUGUAGAGUUGAUUGUUCGUACUUUGAUGUUAGAGACAGAAUUGUUCUUGAACAAAUUUCAGCAGCUAUGAUGGAAUCAUCUUCCUCCUUUUCUCUCUGUAUGUA